UAUAUAACGUCUGUUUUGCAGCCUGUAUGUAAGUGACAGGCGGCAACAUUUCUCCACAAACCGAGCUGCUCUGAAAUCUUCAGUUUUCCUCUAAAUUGUGAUAAAUUAGUAUUUUUCUCUCCGUUUAAAAGUUGCAUGUUAAACUGGUUCAGACCGGUUCAGGUGUUUAGAUCUCAGUCAGCGUGUUGUUGUUCUUGGAGGUCAUCGGGUCUCCAGGUGAAUCCAGCCGAGAUGCUUUCCCCGAGCAGGACCGUCUCCUCCCGGCUGCUCAGGCCGGCCUCUUGGAUCCCUCUCCGGCUGGGCUCUGAGGGGAGAGCCGCCAGCUCUCUGCAGAAAGAGAUGAUAAAGAAGCAUGAACUGGAGAAAGAGGAGCCCCGCCCACUGUACAUGGACUUCCAGGCCACCACGCCCAUGGAUCCCCGGGUGCUGGACGCCAUGUUACCCUACCAGGUGAAUUAUUACGGUAACCCUCACUCCAGGACGCACGCCUACGGCUGGGAGAGUGAGACCGCCAUGGAGACGGCCAGGAAGCAGGUGGCUGAUCUAAUUGGAGCAGAUCCCAGAGAGAUCAUCUUCACCAGCGGAGCCACCGAGUCCAACAACAUGGCCAUCAAGGGCGUAGCCAGGUUCUACCAGACCAAGAAGCGUCACGUGAUCACCACACAGACGGAACAUAAGUGUGUUCUGGACUCGUGUCGAGUUCUGGAGUCCGAAGGAUUCGACAUUACCUACCUGCCGGUCCAGACGAACGGACUAGUGGACCUGGAGCUAUUGGAGCUCAUCAUCCGUCCUGACACGUCUCUGCUGUCUGUGAUGGCGGUCACAACGAGAAUCGGAGUCUUACAGCUCAAGGAGAUCGGUAAGAUUUGUCGCUCUAAAGGAGUCUUCCUCCACACUGAUGCCGCUCAGGCUGUCGGAAAAGUUCCAAUCAACGUCACCGAUUGGAAGGUCGACCUGAUGUCCAUCAGUGGCCACAAGGUAUACGGACCCAAAGGUAAGGGUGCCCUGUAUGUGCGUCGCCGACCUCGUGUGCGUUUGGAGCCUCUGCAGAACGGCGGCGGGCAGGAGAGGGGGCUGCGAUCCGGCACUGUUCCCACCCCACUGGCUGUCGGGCUGGGAGCCGCCUGCAGCAUCGCUCAGCAAGAGCUGGAGUACGAUCAUCACAGAGUGUCCAUGCUGGCUAACCGUCUAGUUCAGAAGAUCAUGUCAGAGAUUCCUGAUGUCAUCAUGAACGGAUGUUCAGAACAGCGCUACCCUGGUUGUGUUAACCUGUCGGUCGCUCUACGUGGAGGGAGAGGUCUGCUGAUGGCUCUGAAGGAUGUCGCUCUGUCAUCUGGGAGUGCCUGUACGUCAGUCUUGGAGCCAUCAUACGUCCUCAGAGCGAUCGGAGCAGAUGAAGAACUGGCUCACUCUUCAAUCAGGUUUGGUAUUGGCAGAUUCACCACAGAAGAAGAAGUGGACUACACAGCAGAGAAAUGCAUCCAUCAGGUCCGCAGACUCAGAGAGAUGAGUCCUCUGUGGGAGAUGGUCCAGGACGGCAUCGACCUGAAGAGCAUCAAGUGGACGCAGCACUAGACUCCUCCCACCUCCCAUUUGCUUCUGGCUGGCAGUGACAACGACGACCUUAACCACGACGAUGAAAUUCCCAGUGAAUUCUGGGAAACGGACCAUCUUUUCCUUCCUGUUCUCAACACGCACAAACUUCCUGUCGGACUUGAAGUCUGUUUGUAGAUGUCGCUGUGUUGUCUCUGAAGAAGCUCCCCCGCGUUGCUUCUCAGGAGAUGUUGCUCAGAGAGUCGACCGUAAACCACAUGGCGGCCUCGGCUUUGUUUGUAUUUGUUCUGUUGCACAUCAGUCGGCGGCUCCUGGUCGAUAGAUUGCUUCUGAGAGGUUGUCGGAGGCUCGGUCCUGUAUCACAAAGUCAGGUCUUUAUGUGAUGGUCUCUUCGAGCUGGUGUGCACUCAUCAACCAGAGUUUAUUUUAUUACAGACAUCAUCAGAUCACUGAGUUCUGGAUGUGACGUGAGCACAACAAUAAUACAAUAAAAUGAAUCAUUGGAUUAAUAUUUAAGUACAUAUUUAAGGGUGUGUAGGUGUGGGACUUUAAAAGCUUCUGGACCCCCCUCAGGGGCUACCCUAAAUAUCGAGGGUUUCUCAUCAGCUCCCAGUGAUGAUGAUAAGUUACUCAGCAGUGAGAGAGACUUUUGGUUUGAGCUUUAUAUUUAGAGGGUUUCAUUGGUUGGGAACAUUGACUGUAUAUUAAUAUGGACAACACACCUCCACCUCCUCCGUUUGUAAAGAAAGUGAAGCCAAAAUUUCCCUCCGAUGGGCGCUAACAUACAGACACUCACAGUUAUAGAAGGUUAAAUGACUGAUGUUUGUGUUCGUUACGUUUUCUCUCCACCUUCAUCCUCUACUUUGCUAAUCGGCUGCAUUUAUCAACAGAUCUGUCAAUCUUGACGUCAUGUGACUUGAUUUUAGCAUCAAAUAACUAAGUAAUAACAAACUUCUCAGAAGAAUGAACAAUUUCACAUAAAUCAGCACAAAAACAACUAACUGCUGUGACAGAAAGCACGUUUGUUAAAAUCUUAUUUGACGUGCUUUGUCAUUUUCUAGUUUGACCCAAGUUCCAUCUGUAAUAAAGGAGGAGGUGGGCUUUAAGACCUGUCUCAAAGCCUGAUCCGAAAAGGCAACUGGACUUGGUAGAAGUUGCCUUUGCGGAUCAAGCUUUGAAUUACCAAGACAUGGAUGACUCAGAGCCAUCACAGACUUUAUGACCUAUAUCAUCGUCAGCCACCAGGGGGAGCUCUAACAGUUCUGGCUUCUUUUUAGUGGAGCUGUAGUGUCGUCCAUAUUGUAACGCAGUCUGUGGUUAAGAUUGGGAUUAUUGUGUUGGUUUAUUUUUCUGCGUUUGGGUCCAUUCCUGAAGGUGUCAGUUAAUGGGUUUUAAAGAUGGCGGAUGCUGUUGCUAAAGUGGCUCAAUCAUUGAUCGGUCACAGCGCUCUGCAUCCCCAAGGUGUCUGGUUUGCCCUGAACUAGCGUCACAUAAAUCCUUUGAAACAGCUUCAUCUGGUCCCAGUUGUCAUUUUAUAGUUUUGCUUUGUACGUUUGUCCCUCAUCUGAUCCUCUGAAGGCAAUUUACGACACAAGAGAGUCAGGGUUUAACUUUAAAACAGCUGCUUAAACUGCAAACCUUUCUUUGUGAUACAGGCUCUUAUGAAACGACCACGAUUUACAGGGAUGUGGAAACUAAUGUAGAGACUAGGCAGUGAUUUUUGGACAGCACACCUCGGUUCUUUGAGUCAGACUCUCUCACCUGCUGAGUCAUAGAUCUUCUCCUGCUCUGUUCACAGGUGAUCCUCAGCCUUCUCCGUCUAACACUCGCUGUGUUUCCUCCCACAUCAGUGUUCAAUAAUCUGUAGCAUACAUGUCAGUGAAAAUCCAGAUGAUCACCAUAUUAACCUGCGUUUUAUCACUUCAUUGACCUCGGGAACACUCUACAAGACUGCUGUCGCCUGGAUUUAACUGCCCUCUUUAAUUAAAGAUGGUGGCUGGAGAAAUACACCUCAUGUCUGAAAGUCCAACAUUAAAAUCUGAAAACUUUGGGUCAUUUAUUUUGGAGGAUGAGGAAGUCUUGUAUUCUGUUCCUGGGUUUAGUCAGCUGAGCCGCAAUCUGUUCUAUUUAUUAAACUCCUGCAUCUACUGUCUACUGUUACUUAUCUCAUAUUAUAACCCAAUAAAGUGCUGCUUCAUGGUUAUGCAAUAAAGAUUUGUUAUAUGGUU